AGGGCUAGGGCUAGGGCUAGAGUUAGGUUAGGUUUACAUUGAACAUGGAUAGCAAAGGCUUUUUAACAGCCAAUGACUCAUUUAUCUUCUCUCUGAUCUACCACAGAAGAAGCUUCCUGUUACAGGAAAUCAGGUUCACAGAAAGUAAUUCUCAAGCGAAAAGUACAUGUCAAGUAUGAAGGACCUUCUGUUAACUGUUCUGCUCCACUGUCUGAUAUCAGGCACAGGUAGCGAGAGCAAUCCCAUUGAUCGAUACGGAUUAGAUGGAGAAUCUUUUCACCUGGAUGUUGAAGAAUACAACAACUUGACAUUCAGAAAGUUUGUGUGGAGCAAGAACACCAAAAUCAUAACGGAAUAUAAUCUGAAAACACAGGAUAUUGACUAUUACAAGAAUGAAGAAAAGAUGGAGUUUGAUAAGAAGACUUUCUCCUUGCUUAUUAAGAAGCUGGAGAAUACAGACAGUGGGCUGUAUAGAGCAGAAACAGUUCAAGAUGAUGGAGAAAGGAUUCAUGUUGUUACUUACAAGCUGAGAGUCCAAGCGGCUGUCCCUAAACCUAUGAUAAACCUCACAGAGACGUCGAACGCUAACGAAACGUGCAUUGUCACUCUGAACUGUUCAGUGGAGUACAGGGAUGAUGUUUUUAUUUACUGGGAAGAGACUGGGAUCAACAACACAAAGUCAAUCACUAAUGGUAGUUUCCUGGAGUACACUCCGGUCCCCAGCGCCGGCGAUGAAGAAUCCUUCACUUGCUAUGCAGAGAAUCGAGUCAGCAAGAACGCCACCAUCAUUAUGAAGAACAAGCUGACAUGCAGUCAACCAGGGCUUGUUUCAAACUCGCUAUGGGUAUAUAUCGGUCUAUCUGUUGGCAUCAUCUUCCUCCUCAUCAUCAUCUUCAUCUUCUAUUUCAUCCGUCAAAGAAACAGACGAACAGGUGAUGCAAAACCUUGGCCAGAGCUGAAACCGAGUCAAACAGAACCGAAAACCAAACUCCAGAAACGUGGUAUUGCACGAUUUUCAAAUCUGAAAGUGGAAGAUUCAGUCAACACAACAUAUGCUUCGGUUGGGGAGACUAAUCAGUCGACAACAACAGAGUACGACGUUGUGAGGCAGGAACGGAUGAAUCAGCCCACAGACCUUCCCCCAGACAACAAAACCAUCUAUGCUUCUGUUCAAAAAACAAGUAUAGAAAGCAAUUGUUCAACCACAAAUAAGAAGUCAAAAAUAAGGUAACAUGCAGUAUGUGAUAUGCCGUCACAUGUUACACUGUUCAGAGUUUGAUGUUGCUGUCAUUCUAAAUCAGGAAAUUUAAUUUUAACUAAGCAAAGAAUGUUUAAAAAAAAUGGGUGACACUUUCCAUUAAGAGUCUCCAAUGACGGUGUAUUUACAUAGUAGUUACUUAGUAAAUACAUGUGUGCUUACACAUCAUCACUAGCUCUUUCUGAGCACUGACUAAACUUUCGGGAACACCCUGACUAUAAGUUGGACGGCUAAGCCGUUUCCUCACCAAACACAACACCACAAACAGACAAAAUCACACAAGUUUACACCCCUUACGUUUCCUCCUGACUGCUCGGAAGCAGAGCACCUCCUCUGUUUCCUUCUACUCAGCAACCCUGAAUAAACUGACUGCUCUCCUUUUAUACCCUGCACCUGGUUCUAAUUUAAUAAUGAUCUCCAGGUGCAGGGAAUAAUUAAGCAAUGGAACUGAUUAACAACAAAGCAAAAUACAAUUAAAUUAAACAAAUGUGCAUUCCGCACAUUUUUUUUCCUUCAGGGAGGCUUUAACCCCCUCGCUGCUGUCUUACAGCAGUGUGGAGUAGUGGUUAGGGCUCUGGACUCUUGACCGGAGGGUCAUGGGUUCAAUCCCAAGUGGGGGACACUGCUGCUGUACCCUUGAGCAAGGUACUUUACCUAGAUUGCACCAGUAAAAACCCAACUGUAUAAAUGGGGAAUUGUAUGUAAAAAUAAUGUGUAAAAAAUAAUGUAAUUGUAUGUAAAAAAAAAAAAAAAAA